AUGGUUGAUACCUAUCUCGUGAUUCCGGAGAUUAUUACUGUUUCAGCUUCUCCUGCCACAGACACCUGUCUAAUUCCCGAGAUCGUGCCGAAUGGACGCAUUUUCAGUUGCGAAAUCUGUGGGAAAAUAUACACCAGGCAAAGAGCCUUAAAGGUCCACAUGAGAAAGCACACUGGUGAAAAACCUUUUAAGUGUAAAAUAUGCGAUAAGGCUUUCAGCGAGAAUGGGAACUUAAAGACCCAUAUGCGCAUCCAUACCGGGGAAAAGCCAUUUCAAUGUGCCUCAUGUGGAAGUAAAUUCACCACCCGAGGUCAUUUAACUGAUCAUACAAGAAAGCAUACAAACGAGAGGCCUUUCGAUUGCCCAAUAUGUGAGAAAAAAUUUAUGAGGCCGAGUACAUUAAAAAUCCAUAUAAGAACGCAUACGGGGGAAAAGCCAUAUACCUGCAUUAAAUGUGGAAAAUGUUUUACCGAAUCAGGUAUACAGUUCUGGUUUAAUUUGCUAUAUUAUUGUUAGGACAGGUAAAAAAUCUAUCUUUUAAUAGUGAAAAAUAAAGCAGGAUAAUAAAUUUUAUUUAAAUAGAGUAGUAUAACUUAAAAACUCAUAUGAGGACUCAUACAGGCGAAAGACCGUAUAAAUGUCCAAUCCCUAAUUGUGGAAAAUGCUUCAAGGCCAAAGGCCACUUGAUCGACCAUCUUAAGAUUAAGAUUCAUCAAGGAAGCAUCGACAUCUUAAAACAAGAACCAUAA